CUGCCUCCGAUCACCAAAAUAAUUAAUCUUUCGCUUGAUUCUGGUUAUUUUCCGCGCACCUGGAAGUGUACUCUGGUGCGGCCGCUGCUGAAAAAGGAUGGAUUACCCCCUGUCUUUAAGAACUUCAGGCCAGUGAGUAAUUUGGCAUUUAUCUCAAAGCUUGUUGAGACUGUGGUUGCCAAGCAACUACAACAUUAUUUAAAUUGUAACAAUCUGUUCCCAGUGUUCUAAUCAAGUUAUCGACAAAACCACAGCACAGAAACUGCACUGCUUAAGGUUAUGAAUGACUUUCUCUUGAACAUGAACAAUCGGUGUGUUACUUUGCUAAUUCUGCUCGACUUGAGUGCUGCCUUUGAUACAGUCAAUCACGACACCAUACUACGUCGACUUGAAUACUCAUUUGGUAUGCAGGGAAAAGCCUUCUCCUGGUUUGCAUCCUAUUUGUCUGGAAGAACCCAGCGGAUAAUGAUCAAAUAGUUACUAUCUAAACUUUUUAAAUUAGAAUGCAGCGUAACUCAAGAUUCCUGUCUUGGUCCGUUAUUGUUCACGCUGUGCACGAGUGAGCUUUUUGAGAUAAUUCAAUAUCACCUGCCCAUGAUUCAUUGUUACGCUGAUGAUUCACAAGUUUACAUCUCAUUUAGUCCGAACGACAGAGCUGAACAACUUGCUGUGGUGAGGAAUAUGGAAGACUGCAUCAGAGACAUUCGUUUUUGGAUGUUG